CAUGGCGACAAGACCUGUUCCAGUGCACGUGGUGCUGCCGGCGUCGUCGCUGGCCCGCUCGCCCUCGCUCGAAGACGACAUCAAGCCCGACAUCGAGCGCCUGCAUCGAUCUUUCGGCUGUGAACUUAUCCAGGAGGCUGGCGUGUUAUUGCGCCUUCCACAGGUGGUGAUGGCCACAGCCCAGACGCUGCUCCAGCGCUUCUAUUAUCGCAAGUCAUUACGCCAAUUCGACGCCUUCCGCGUUGCCGUGAGCUGCCUCUUCUUGGCCGCUAAAGUGGAGGAGAAACCCAAGCGUAUUAAGGACGUAGUCGGCGUCUUCUACGCCAUGUUCCGACGCCGCAAGUGGCAGCGGUCAACCGUCUCUCAACAGCUCGUGGACUUGGACGGCGCUACCUUCAGCCAGUGGCGUAUGUGGCUUAUCAUGGUAGAGCGCCAAGUGCUCAUUGAUCUAGGCUUCAGUAUCUACAGUGUCACGGAACAUCCACACAAGUACGUGCUGUACUAUGUCAAGGUACUGGAUGGCAGCUCUGCGCUCGCACAACAAGCCUGGGGCUACAUCAACGACAGUCUACGCACUGAUCUCUGUGUGCGAUACAAAGCUCAAGUCAUUGCCUGUGCUGCCAUCUUCUUGGCUAGCAGAUUUCAAGGUGUGGCGCUGCCUGAGAACCCGCCCUGGUACUUGCUAUUUGAUGUGGACAAGACCCAGCUCUAUGCGGUUAGUGUAGUGAUCAUGGAACUGUACAAACAGGAGAAGAUUCAGUGGCUAGAGCCAUUGACAGAGACUAAUCCGUUCGAGGUGGAUGACCACCCAAUGGAAGAGGAAGAAGAAGUGGUGGAACAAGUGCAAGAGACUGACAUGGACGUGAAAGUCGACGUGGAGAAGGUUUCUCCUCAAGAACCCGCAUCGUUUUCGACCGAGGAGACAGCGGUGAAAGCUUCGAAUUCGGCCGCGAAGGCUUCUGAACGACGCAGCCGAUGGGACGAUGGUCGGCGUGGUCGCAGUAGAAGUCCGGAUUCCCGCUCCAGACGCUCUCGUAGUGGAUCACGCGAACGUCGACGCGACUCAUCUCGCAGCCGUCGACGACGCAGUCGUAGUCGAUCAAGAAGUAGUCGAAGCCGAAGACGUCGCAGUCGAAGUCGAAGUUACGAGCGCCACAGACGUAGGUAGUAUCAUUGUUAACGGAUGUCAACACCAGGAAUCCAUAGAAUGCAUCCAUGAUUUACUGAGACGUAAAAAGUUUGAAAUGUGUCGGGACUCUCACUGUCCAGCUGAAACAAUGAACCAGCCUUCUUGACUUCCAGAAGAC